CGUUACCCUGUUAAAAGAGACAAUCAAUUCGAUUAAAUUUUACUCUUUAUAGGAAAAUGUACAAACAUUGAAUUCACUACUAUUAUAUUAUAUAUAGUGCAAUAGAUUUUAUGCAUUAUCUAGCUAAAUAACUACCACGUUGAAGGCUGUUCCAUGAACCCCUCAACCUUAUAACGACAUGAACCGUACACGGAAAAUGUCUAUAUAAAAGGGCGCAUUUUCAUAGUUGUGAGUUUGAACGCGCGUGAUCUAGUCAUGUGUUUUGUUUAGUAAAAUGAUUGUCUACUUAUUGAUAUUAGUGGUUACGCUAUGGUUUGUCUUCUUUCAAAUAAAGAGGAGGCGGAUGAAGAAAUUGGCCUCCCUUAUACCGGGGCCAAAAGAAGAAUUACCCCUUAUCGGCGUGGCCCACUAUUUUCUAGGAAAUACUGAAGAUAUUAUGAAGAGCUUACAGCAUUUCAGCUAUGCUACAAUGAAUCAGGGAAUAAUGCGAGGAUGGCUUGGUCACAUUUUAUAUUUCUUGCUCCUGGAUCCGGUGGAUUUAGAAAUGGUAUUAAAAACGUGUAUGGAAAAGGAUGAUUUGCACAGGUUCAUUCGAAACGUUAUUGGAAAUGGCGGGAUUUUCGCUCCAGUAUCUAUAUGGCGGAGGCGAAGAAAAAUCUUGUUACCAGCAUUUAGUCCAAAGAUAGUGGAGACGUUUGUCGAAGUAUUUUCGGAGCAAGCGGAAAAACUGGGGAACGUCUUAACGAAGGCAGCUGGCAAAGGACAAUUUAGUUUAUGGCCCUAUUUAUCAUCGUAUACUCUUGAUUCGGUUUGUGAAACCGCCAUGGGUGUGAAAAUGGGAGCUCAGGAAAAUCCUGAUUCACCAUUCCUUUCGCGUAUGAACACACUCCUAAACGUUGUCUGUGAGAGGAUUUUCCAUCUUUGGCUGCAGCCGGACUGGAUUUUCAAUCUUUUUCCUCAAUCCACAGUCCAGAAAGAUUGCAUAGAUGUGCUGUACGGAUUUACUGAUGAAGUAAUUAAAAAGAAACGAAUAGAAUUGAGAGACGAAAAAACAUCAAAACCAGAAGCUGAUACACAUUACCUUUUGGACGAUUACAGAAGGAAGAGUUUCCUAGAUCUAUUAAUAUCGUUGUCCGGAGGAGAAAGAGGAUACAAUAACGUGGAACUCCGAGAGGAAGUGCUUACCUUAACGGUGGCUGGUACGGACACUUCAGCAGUGGCCAUAGGGAACACGCUUAAACUCCUGGCCAAAUAUCCCAAAAUACAGGAGAGGUUGUAUGACGAAGUCAAUGGAAUCUUCGGUGAUUCAGACAGACCAUUAGAUAAGGAAGAUUUGAAUAAUUUAAAGUAUUUAGAACGAGUUGUGAAAGAGUCUCUAAGGUUGUUCCCGCCGGUCCCUUUUAUCAUAAGAAAAGUCCUGACGGACACGAAAUUGCCGUCAGGAAAUAUCUUGCCAGGUGGUUCAGGCGUGGUUAUAUCAAUUUGGGGAAUUCACAGAGACCCUAAAUAUUGGGGGCCUGAUGCUGAGAAUUUCGACCCAGACCGAUUUUUACCUGAACGAUAUAGUAUAAAGAACUCCUGCAGUUUCAUGCCCUUUAGUAGUGGACCGAGAAACUGUUUAGGAUAUCAGUACGCGCUGAUGUCAAUUAAAGCAGCUAUAACCGGUGUGGUGAGAAAAUACAGGAUUGUUGGUGAGGAGGAAACCAGCCCUGCACCGAGUAUGAGAGUAAAACUCGACAUCAUGAUGAAGGCUGUUGAUGGGUACCAAAUGGCAUUGGAGAAACGUUGCUAAUGAGGGAAUUCUACACUUAUGUAACUUUGUUCUCUGAUAUCUGUGUUAAAAAUAAUAUAGUAGCAAAAAAGGGCACAACACGCAAACGCAGUUACUUCGAUUUUAUAACUGUGGUGAAUUAAAUGGUGGAUGAAAGCGAUUCUUAAAAACAUGUUCGUCACGAAAUGUUCUUCUAGAAACAAGAAAAUCAGUCCAUGAGAAAAAACAAUGGAGUGAACAAAAAAAUAUGACAAUGGUAAUGGAGCGAAUAAAAAUUUGUUGAAAAAAUAAAUGUAAUUGUGACAUAGAAUUAUGAGUAUAGGUACUAUUAUUUAAUAAUUGAAAGUAUUACUUAUAUUUUAAUAAACGAAUCCUAAAUGUGAGUGUU